AUGCAAGGAGUAGAUGCGCAAGGUCAACCAAAUGUUGCACAGCUUGGAGCACAUAACCCUGAAAAUAUUCCAAAUGAAGUCAGAAUACAAACUGCAUUGGCAAACUAUGGUCAAGUGCCAACAGAUGUACAAAUGCAAACUGCCAUGUCAAAUGACGCUGCGUUAGGUUUGCCACCAUGGUAUGCAAAUAUGAGAUGGAAAGAGUUUUAUACAAACCCUGAAGUGGGAUAUAAACAACUUUAUGCAGAUGACGCGAACACAGGAGUUGACCCAGAAUAUGUUUUCUACCAGAGGAGAAACAGAAUGUAUGAGCUCCAGUUAAAGAAUGCUAUGGAACUCAACAGGAAACGUAAGAGACUAGGCGGACAUUAG